AGCUUUCCAUCCGGGCCACUAGAUGGCGCUGGAGCUCCAUGGUUGAAGCUUGUGACCCAGCCCCUCCUGCUGCAAAGGGAGGGGCCAGCCCCUGCGCUCUACGGGGGCCGGCGGGGGAAAGGGAAAAGCGGAGACGGAAUGUACCAUCUGCGCCAGGAAAAGGGGGGGGUGUCUCCCAUGCGCUGGAUUCCAUACAGGUCUCCUCACGGGCCCUGCCCCAAUGGCAGGGUGUAACCCCACGUGAUCCGCCCCAGUGGGCGGGGUGUGACCCCAUUGACCCUACCCCCCUAAGUGGUUUAACUCCUGUGGCCCUGCCCCAAUGGGAGGAGCAUGACUCCAGUGGCCCCGCCCCCAAUUAGAAGGGGCGUGACCCCAUUGGCCCCGCCCACAUAUAGUGAUUAAUCCCCAGGGGCCCCACCCACCACUGACCCUUUCCCCUGAGCUCCCCUGCAGCCCCCGCCCCAUGGGUCUGCCUCCAGCUCUCCUCCUGCUGCUCUGCCUCUGCCCUGCCCCCCCGGGCUUGGCCCCAGACCCAGGGCUGCUGGCCCAGGGCCGUGCCCGGCUGCGGGAGGCCCAGACGCUGGCCCAGCACCCGCAGCUGGGGGCCUGCUGGGCGGGGGCCCUGGGCAGGCUGGACGCAGGCUGCCAGCAGCUGGGCGAGGAGCAGCAGAGCCGCAUCGCCCUGGCCUUCGCCCACUGCCACCUGCAGAGGUCGGGCCGGCCCUUCCCUCGCUGCGAGGCCGGCAGCUCCGUCCGGGCCUGCACCCAGCACAUGGACCCUGUGGCCUUCGGUGUCUACACGGAGUUCUUCACCCACGCCCACAGCAUCUGCUACCUCCUGCGCAGCGAGGCCUGGCAGCAGCGAGCCGAGAGCACCGUGCACAGGCUGGUAGCCAGUUCAGAGGGCGUUGCCGAGCGGCUGGAAGAGACCAACCAGCUGGCAGAGCAGGCAGCUCAGGCACAAGAGGCCACCCUGCGAUCGCAGGAGGAGAUCCUCCGCCAUGGGGAGCUGCUGAGACAGACACUGCAGGACUCCUCCAGGGGCGUCCGAGAGGCUUUUCAGGACAUGCAGGAGGCGGCCGGCCGGCAGCGCCUGGCCUUUGCCGAGAUCGUGAACCGCCUCAGCUUCCUGCACCGCUUCCUGGUGGGGGAGUCCCAAGCCCUGGGCUCCUUCCUCUACCACCUGCUGACCGGCAGCACCGCCCUCCUGCUCACCUCCAGCCAGCGCACCGCCGGGGCCAGGUUGAUCCUGCUGGGCCUGGUUGGGGGCAACGUCUACCUGGAGCGUGUGGUCAGUGGACUCGUCUUGGAGAACACUGAGGCCGGCUCCGACCCCACGGAGGCCCUUGCCAGCUGGGUGGGGCUAUGCCGCAGGCUGUGUGCCGGCGCCGGGCUGGCCGUCCUGGCCUACUGCGUCCUCACCUACCGCGACGUGGCCCAGCAGAGCCGGGAGGUGCUGCGGGGGCUGCAGGAGACCCGGGCCCAGAUGCAGCACAUCCUGCAGGAGACAGAGCGCCUGCUGGCCCAGCGGGGCCCAGACCCCAGCCAGGGCAGUGCCCAGUUUGCUGACUCAGGCUUCCCGGAGCCCCUCUCCCAGCUGGAACAAGGAGCCCCCUGGGCGGAUGAGCUCAGCACCAGCAGCCCCAGGAGCCGGAGCCGCUCCCCAGCCCGCCAGUGCGCCCGGCCGCAGAGACGCCCCGGCCGACGGGACUCGGAGACACACAACGUUCCUGUGCCGCUGGACGGGCUGUGCUGCUAUGAUCUCCGGCGCCGGCCGUCCCUGCGAGACCCCCCCAGAACGCCAGCCGCGGUGAAGGGGCCCCGCAGCCGCGCCCAAAGGGGAAGAGCUCAGUCGCCGGCGGCAGGUGCCAUCCUGCCGCGCCCAACCUGGGAUCGGAUUCCUACUGCGUGAACGUCACCCCGAGCCGGGACGCCUGGGUUCUCUCCCGGCUCUGGGAGGGGA